AGACGUCACACAAGCGGAGAGAGAUGAAUGUCACAUCAAGCCUUUGAAUUACUGAGGGCACUUCACCACAGUACCUGCAUGAGGUAGACUUCUAUGAGCACGAGCACAUCAUAUACAUCUGCAUUUACGGCUGGUGAGGACACGAGCGCUGCGUUGAUCUUCUUCGCGUCUUGGACCUUCAGUUGCUCAGUGCGCACUGCGCUCCGAGAGACGCGUGUUUGAGGAGCUAUCCACCGCAGAAUCACACUCAAACAAGACUGUUCUUUAUAUAUUUCCACUGGAUACAGGCAAACUCACGGCACAUGGAAGAUCACCUGAAGAACUCUGAGAGGAAUAUUUAAGUUUGGGAACUGCCGAAAUGGGUUUGGGGACCAAGAACAUCUCAGAGUCAGAAGAUAUGAGGGACACGCGGACAUGAGGGUUGUUCAGCUGAUUAAUGCCUAAUGCAUUGCUGACGUUUUAGAUGGAUUGAUUUUAUAUGAGGGAUGGACAUACUUAUAAAGAGAGAGACAUAAAUGAGCCUUGGAACUGAAGAGAGUUGAGUGCCGUUCACAGGAACUCAUCAAAAGUGGUGCACGAUAGCAAAAUCAUAAUAAAAAUUAUCCUUAGUAUUAUUAUUUUUUACGAAGUCAUGCUGAUUCGAAGCCAAGCUUUACGGUGGGCAGUUUUCUUGACACUUUGUCUUCUGUUGGUGAAGGGGUUCCCUGCAAAAAGACGAAGAGCGAAUCACAUCAAGAGCAAGAGUGAAAAAUCUCUAGAGGUCAGAGGUCACGGUGACUCCAAAGAUGUCAGACAGUCACUGCAGGACAUUCAGCGGCAGAACCAAUUGAGGAGUGAGCCGCCUUUGCCUCGCCGCCAUAAGAGGAGAUGGUCACAGAUUCGCUCAGAGGGAGUCCUUCCCAAACUUGCUCCACAGGAAGAAGAAGAACCGUUCAUUUUAGACCUGAAGAACUUCCCGGACCUGGCCAACGCAGACCUGGGCUCCCAGAACCCAAACAUUCAAGUUACCAUUGAGGUCGUGGACAACCCACAGAUGGAGAUUGAGAUGGACCUCGCCAAGGAGAGCAGGAAUGACUGGUCCUUGAGCUCAGAAGAGUGGCCAGGCCAUAAAAAGCUCUUCUGGCCGCUGUUCUGGGAAUACCAUGACUCCAAUCAAGAGGCUCCUGGACAAGGCAGUAUGGAGGAGAACGGAGAGGACCUCAGUUAUGAGGGAGAAGAUUCCCUGUUGAGUGGUGUGGGUGCAGACUGGAACAGACAGUGGAAGGGCUGGGACUCCAUGGACAAUUACGAAUAUGAGGAGGAAGAAUGGAGUGACUGGUCACCAUGCAGCGUCACCUGUGGACACGGGAAUCAAAAGAGGAUUCGUUCAUGUGGCUACGCCUGCACUGCUACAGAAUCACGGACAUGUGAUUUACAGCGUUGUCCCGAUGACAUAAUUCCUGUGACAGAACCGACUCCUCAUGAAGUAGCAAACAGCACCGAGCUUCUUGGUACAGAUGUUGACAGCUGUGAGAAGUGGCUGAAUUGCAAGAACGACUUCCUCCAGAAAUACCUACACCAGGUCUUGACUGAAUUACCCAACUGCCCUUGCGUCUACCCAUCCGAGGUGGUCUACAGCGCUGUCAACAUUUUGGAUAGGAAGCUGCAAAAGACCUUUCGCUGGAGAGAUGCCAGCAGCCCCAAGGAGAGGCUGGACAUCUACAAGCCCUCUGCAAAGUUCUGCGUUCGCUCGAUGCUCUCCUUCGACAGCACCACGUUGGCUGCACAGCAUUGCUGCUAUGACGAUCACAUGAAGCUCAUCACUCGAGGCAAAGGGGCCGGAGCCCCAAACCUCAUCAGUACCGAGUUCUCCCCGGAGCUUCAUUACAAAGUGGACGUUCUCCCAUGGAUCCUGUGUAAAGGAGACUGGAGCCGUUUUCAUUCGGUACGGCCUCCCAAUAACGGUCUACAGUGUGUUGAGAACCCUCAGGAAGACGUCUACAUGAAUGAACUUGAGGAGGCCAGGGAGUACUGAUCCAGAUCAUGGAUUUCACAUCAAAUCAACCAGUGUUUGCUUAAUUCUGCAGAGUCCUGUGGUACAGUAUGGGCAUCUCACUAGUCUUGAAGUCAAGAAAAGCCUGCUCCUUUCGGAUUGGGCGACUCUUUCACAGAUCUAGACUAUUUAGCGCUCUAGAACUCUAGAGAGAUUCUUCUGGAAACUAAAACUUAGAUACUGUCACAAACUGUUUCGUACAGCUCAACUGCAACAACAUUGGUUUAAGAUGUUGGUCCAAUGCCCAGAUUGGAAGAUCGUGAUGCAAUUUGUCUGUCUUCAGUGAUGUGCUCCAAACAAAGUUCAGUAACAGUUCUUCAAUGGCAUUCUCUGGAACAAGUUGACUGUAUUUUCAUUGGAAACACGUUCGGUUUUUUUUUAAGUGUCCUCAAAGACUCUGGUCCACCAUUAAAGGAAUUCCAGUAAAGCUGCUAGAAUUGUGAGAUAUUCAAAAAUGCAACAGAAUGCCGAUUUUGUUGCCUUUAGACCUGAAGCUCAAUCCUGGCCUCGCUCCAGUCUGUGCGAGAUCAGUCCAAACAAAUCAAACACAAGCUCUCUAAAAAGUUCUUCUUUUUAGACUUUGUAUAUUGUUACUCCCAAAUAUACACUGACCUUGUGUCAUUGAAUAGAUUAUUAUGCAUAAUCAUUUGGCCUUUGGCAUAUACUUUUUUUGCAGAGAAAUAAAUUAAGGAAUCUGAGAAGCGAAAGGGAACCUUUUUUGAACUUGCCUUUGAGAAGGCGUCCCUCAGCAAUGGGAGACUUGUUUUUUUUUUUAAAUCUGCAGUAUGCCAUUCUCUUUUCUUUUUUGCUUUUUAAAACAACUCAGCUUUGUACUGAAUGCAAUAUGAGAUCGCCGCCUAACACCAGUGCAAGGGGACUGUUGGAGCUUGGUUGAUGGAUUGAAGUCUUCCUCUUAAAGUGAGGUGAAAGUAACACUUGUCAUAAACUAACAUCUCUUUAAAUACAAUGGCUCUUUCAAUGUCUCGGUUCAUCCUUGAGUCCCAAUCAAAUCCUAGAGGCUUGCAUGGGAUGUAGUUUGAAGGACCUAAGCCGCCCUUUUCAGGACAAAUGUUAUCAUGAUAUUUUUGUUAGAUUUGACAUGGAAUGCUGGAGAUUUGAUUUCUAAAUUCCUGCUGACAGACAACUGUUCCAUGUAGCAAUAAACAUCCACCUUUGAUAAUAUCAUAUACUGUGCUUAAAAUCACAAUGUAGUCCUAUGAAAACUCAGUUCAGACUUUUUACUAGAUAAAUUAAAAAGAGUAGAUUAUGUUGCAUGGAUUACUACUGCAGAUGCACAUUGAGUAAUGUUGAGCCUGUAACUAAAAGGUCCUUGGUUUAAAUCCCAGGUUAGUUACAGCAAGGUAAAAACUUCUGAGGUUCUUCAAUAUAGCUGUGAUUCUGAGAAAGGAAAUUUUGAUACAAAAUAAUGUAUGGUUCAUGGUUCAUCUUAAGAUCUACAUUCCUCGAGAGUUUAGUUAUAUCUCUAAAUAAACUUCUAAACCUGAAAAGAAUAAUCAAGGUAUUUGCCUUUGCUUGAAAAAUACAGACAGGUUGAAAGUAACAUUAAUCUCUGCAGGAGAAGAUCUCCAAAUGUAGGAAUGAGCCAAGUGCACAUUAGCAUUGCUUAUGAUCCCUGUCAGAUCUAAGCAAAACCGUGAAGAUGUUUUCACUGAGAUAACAAUAAAUACCAGCCAUGAAAAUGUCAUUCAGUCCAGCUGUGAAAAUGUUGGAAGCAUUCAAAUAUCCUGCUCUUAGUGAUAGUGUAUUUACCUUAAAUAUUACAGACAUGGAUUUUAUGAUCUUUGUGGUAUGUGCAUAGGUUCUGUCCAACCUAGGCUCAUUAGAAAUACGUGCCUCUUCCUACAUUUUUGCCAAACUUAAAAAAAUGUAUUUAAGUUCUUUGCAGUUUCCAGCUGAAAUGAACAAUGGUAGCAGUAAAACACCAACAACUUUUAUUCCUUUUCACAAAAAUAAUGAUUAUUAUGAGAGGCAGAUUAUCGAUUCAUAUGAGCUUGAUUCCUUAGAGGAUACUGUGUCAUGAUGACCUAAAACACUUCUACCAUAGCAAAUGAUUUGUAAAUGAAUAUAUUUUGACAUUUGCAUCACAUAAUCAGCACCAUUUGUAUGGCUUUUUUGAUGUAGUAAACUUGCUUGGUUGCUCACCUGGUACUGCAUUGAACUUGCCAUGUGGAGGGUCCUGGCACAAGUCAUGAAUAUACCAAAAUGGCAUGGUUGCUCCAGAAAAUGUGUUUUUAUUUUACAGUUGCUUUUGUUAACACUAUUGGUUAGGUUUAGGGUUUAGGUGAUGUGUUGUUUAACCUAUAUUGCCACUCUCCAUACAUUUCAUUUCCAAACUGCCACAGUAUGUAUGUACGUACAACACCCAAAGCAAUAAAAUGUUGAAAAAUGUACACUGUUUGAUGCCACUCGAUGGACAUUUCGUUUUGAAGGUUUAGUGCAACAUGUAAGAAACAAUGCAAUAUUUUGCAGAAAUAUCACGGCUGUUUGUCCAGUGAGCCUGGGUUGGUUCUGUCAAAGUAAACUGCAGUGUCUGCACACCCAAGUUUUGAUAUCGUGUGUUAUAUUUGGUGAAUAAACUGAUGAAUGUGGGUAUUUGGUUGACAAAAAUUUUAAAUUUGGUAUCUUUUUCUAAUUUACAAUACUGGUUUUUGAAGAUUUUAGGUUUUAGAAGUAUAUUUGAUGGUAAGAUUUCACCUUUCAGAGCUUCAAAAAGAAAGGCACUUUAUUUAAAUAUUGAUAUUGGAAUAUAUAUGUGUAUAUAUAAUCAUAUAUUGAAUUAUGCUUGUACAAUUUAAUGACUUUAUAAAAAAUGAUAUUGUAAAGGGACAAAUGCUGUUGUUUAAGGAUAUUGUAUGUAAUGUAAAAUUUUGGCAUGUCAUUUUUUACUUCAGAUUUAUCGUUGUACAGUAUUUAUUGCUUUAGAUUUUGUAACUCAUUGCUAUGAAGUGGAUAAUCAAAUAAUUCUCUGCACUAUAU